GCCAAAAGCAAAUACACUGUCAUGAGAACUGGUCUCUGUCGCCUGAGGAGUUUGAAAUAUGGGACAGGCUUUACAGGAUUAAGGAAAGUGAUGGAGUAAAGGAACCGAUAUUGCCUCAAACUCAGUUUGAAACCUUAGAAAACCUGGAAGAAAUAUCAGUGAAGGAGGCAACUCACGAACUUUCCUUGUCUGAAUGGAGAAUUUGGCAGAAUCGUCCUUUUCCUACAUCUAUGGUUGAUCACUCAGAUCGUUGUUACCAUUUUAUCAGUGUUAUGGAAAUGAUAGAACUGAUGAGGCAUGAACGGGGAGAUUGCAGCUAUGAACUGGAGGUUCAGCCUCACUUACAUAUUGAAGACGUUAAUAUUCAAAGGGAUAAAAGUCAUCUUUCCAUGACCAACUCCACAUUUGAUCAGAAAGCCUGCUCAUCUAGAAAAGACAUGGCACACAGAGCAAAAGUAAAACCAUUUUUACCAGAUACAAAUGAUAAUGGGAGUGAAUUCUUUUCCACAUUUAAAAUAACAAAAACAAAGACUGCCAAAAGAAAUUCCAGAUUAAAUGUUGAAGUGCCUGAGUUGCCUACAGAUAGUAAUAGUUCGGCUUCCUGCUCAGCAAGAAGGCUUGCUGAAGAACGUACUGACCAGGGCAGUCAAAAGGAUGAGGAACUAGAGGUGACGUUUGACUUAAAUGAAUUUAUUGACCUAUGCGAUGACAGUGAAAGUACUCUAGUUCAUGAAAGUGCAGGAAAGGAAUACAAACCUGUAGAUAAAGCUUGUCAGUCACUGGGGAUGAACCACACAGAUUCGGGUUAUAGUAGCUUCACAACUGAGAAAUCACCUGCAUCGUCUGACUUGUUUUAUCUUCCUGAAUCAUACGUGGAUUCAUUUGCGCUUAGACUUCAGGACAAAGUCUUUCCCGCAUCCUCAGAAGUUGAUGGUUCACUGCCGCUCUUUGAAAAUCCUGAACUGAAAGUCACCAGUGAAUUGUGUGCUUUUGUAAGCACCCAUUUUUCAAAAACUGUAUCAUCAUCUGAGACUGCUGCUGUUAAAGCCGAAGAGGAACUUCACUGGAAUGACAGCUUUGAUAGUCUGUUUGACAAUGAAGAAUUCACUGAAAUUCAAAAGAAAACUGCAACAGUAAAUCACACUCUGACAAAUACCCCUUCAAAUAAGUAUUUUGUUCAAGAAGAUAAAGAUCUUGAAAUCAACAAGAAAAGUGUAAUUAUUGAUGAAGAGAAGAGUAUACAUUUAUUUGAAGAUGACCACAUUUGUGACACAAAUAAUGGAAGUUUUUCAAUGAGCAAUGAGCAUUUAGUCAAGUCAGAUUCAGGUGAGAAUGUUGUUAGGCCAGUUGCAGAGCGAGGCUCCGAGUGGUUUCCUUCAGAGGUGUGCUGCGCGAACGCUGACAAAACCCGCAAGGAGCAGCCAGUAAGCUGUCAAACCACAACCAUGGAGAUGUCGGGUGAUGUCAGCAUGACCGAGCAGUUUCUGGAUAGUGAUGAUCUUUAUGACUGUUCUCAAGAACUGUUUUCUGUUAACUUUGAUCUGGGAUUUUCCAUUGAAGAGUGUGAGAACGAAAUCUUUGAAGAAGCUAUAAAUACUAAUAAAAGCAGAAAGUUAAAUGGUGCCUCAGGGAGUCCUGCAGGAACCAGCAGUGAGAGUGAAGAAGAGAUCGUUUUCCAGAGAAAAAAUAGGAAAAAAAAGAAUGUUUUGAAGUCUCCUGAUGUUAAGAAUGACAGUGAUUUUGAAUCGCCGAUUCGUGCCAUCAGAAAACGUCGACACCCGCUUAACAUGUCAGACAUGUCCAGUGAUGACAGCAUGGAUUUCCACAAGAACUCAAGUAGGACCACAAAUAGCAGCUCAGCAGCCCCCAACAAAAAGCAGCUGGCAAGUACAAAACGGCAAAAGGUCAAGAGCAAUUUUACAUACAAGAAAGCAGCAAGACAGUUUUUAGAUGAAGAAGCUGAGCUGUCCCAGCAAGAUGCAGAUGGCAUUUCAUCUGAUGAGAGUGACGAUGCAGAGAAUGAGCUGAACUCUUCACUUGCUCAAUUCCUGAAUGAUGAUGUAGAGGUCACACAAGUGUUAAAUGACUGUGAGAUGAAAGGAGUUUACCUGAAAUCUGUGCGUAGUCCAGCUCUUGGCAAUAGAUACAAAAUGGUUCAUCGUGAAUUCAACAACUUGGCGAUUUUCUCACAGAUUCCUGAGCAAGACCAGACUUAUGCAGAAGACAGUUUCUGUGUCGGAGAGGAGGAAGAGGAAACUUGCCAAAAAAGUGAAUCUAGUGAGGAGGAAGUGUGUGUUAAUUUUGAUCUCCUAAAUAAUGAAAGUUUUACUAGUGGAAGAAAACAAUACCUCACUCGCCGCAGAAAAAAAUUAAACCAGGCCAGGAUGGAAGACAACUCCUCUGUCCCAAAAGUGCAAAAGAAACCAUCCCGAAUUAUUGUUCUCAGUGAUUCCAGCGGGGAAGAAACAAGUGUCAGCACUGAGAAGCCCAAGAAAACAGACUGUUUCUGGGCAGAUCAGGAAAAUACUAAGUCACCCAAGUCAUUGCCUCCAGUCUCUUCUGCGCAGCACACAAAAAUUGCUGGGGAAAUCAGUGCUCAUCAGUCUGUGGAGAGUAAGAGCGAGACACUUCUUGGCUUGAAAGCGUCAGUAUCUGAAAUGUUGGAUUUUCACCCAGAGCAUCAAGUCAGGAGCACGCACUGUCCGCCAGCGGUCACUACUUCUGCUCUGGGGAAAGAGGAUCUCCAGGCUCCCACUGAGGUCAGUAUCAGUCCAAAACAAGGACCUUCCCCUCACUCCACGUGUGCGAAGGAAUCCCACCUGGGGGGAACCUGGCCUGUGGCACCGGUGUUUGAGGGCUGUCAGCAGUACCGCAGCCAGCGAGUGCGCUUCUGUGGUAAAGGAGCAGCUACAGCUCUGUUUUCACGUGACCCUCUGGAGAAAAAACCUUCACUCUGUAUUCUGGUAGACAGCCGGGAGAUCUCCUCUGGAGCAGAGGUGAUUUCUUCCCUGAAGGCAGUUCACGCAGUAAAGGUGCAGGUCUGCUCGCUGAGCAGCAGCGAUUACAUCGUGAGCAACCGCAUGGCAGUGGAGAGGAAAUUUCUGUCAGAAUUACUGAACUCUGUGAACAGGAAUAAAGUCACCCAGCGGAUCCAGCGCCUGCAGAGCAUGUUUGAGAGAGUAUGUGUGAUUGUGGAAAAGGACAGGAUUAAACCAGGAGAAACGUCACGAUUUUUCCAGAGGACGCAGUACUACGAUGGCGUGCUCUCAGCCUUGGUCCAGGCUGGGGUCCGACUUCUUUUCAGCUCUUGCCAAGAGGAAACUGCCGGUUUGCUGAAAGACCUGGCUUUGGUGGAACAAAGGAAAAAUGCCGGCAUUUGUGUGCCAACAGAGGUGGAGGGUCACAAACGGGAAAUGCUCAACUUCUACUUGAGUGUUCCUAAUCUGAGCUACCUGGCUGCUCUCAAUAUGUGCCAUCGCUUCGGGUCCGUGAAGCAGAUGGUCAACAGCUCCCCGCUGGACAUCGCCACCGGCGCCCAGGUCAGCCCGCAGAAGGCAGAGGAGAUCUACCGCUACCUCCACUACGGUUUUGAUGUGCAGAUGCUGCCCGAGAACCUCUGUGUGAAGGGGAGAAGCAAUGGAGCUGCCAGGAGCUGA